AAACACAUUUAUAUCGAACAACAUUCUCAAUCCAUCAAAGGAAGAUAUAGUAUCUCACCUUCAAGUCAAGACGUUUAUCCACCAAAAUAUGACUCUCCAAAAGAAGAAUUAAAGAAAGAAUCUUCAUCAAGUGCAAAUUUCGAAACUCACAGUAGCGCAGUCAAUGUUACCGUUUGGGUUCAUAAUGGAGAAGAACAAAUUCAUAGACAAGAAAAAGGCCAUGGAAAGCAUGGAAAACCGGUAGUCGUCAUGGCAAAGACAACGAUGGGAAACUUGAAGAUUGACGUUCCACAAUUCACAUGUCCACAACCUCUACAUAUCCGUGCAAAGUCACACACAGGAAGUGUAUUGGUACAUAUACCUCCUACCUUCUCCGGAUUGCUGAGCUGGCAAUGCGAAUCAGGAGGAUUUAAACCAUCGGCCGAUGUAUUGGCACGAUACACACCCAUAGGAGAACAGAAGAAGCAUCGUGGAAUGGGCAAGAUUCGAGUUGCUGAUUGGGUGCACGAUCAAAGUGAAAGAGGAGAUUCAGCUCAAUUGAUCACAGCAAGAGGAUCUUUGUACUUGUAUGAAGCUGGAGAA